AUGAACCCGUCCAACGGCAUCCCGGAGACCAAUGUCGAGGACAUGUCCAAUGCAGAGCUAUUCCAGUAUCUCUUCAAGGCUGAACUCGGCUCGGAUUUGCCCGCUGCCUUCGCUGAUGUCCUCUUCACCGAUACAGCCUCAGCCUCCCCGGCUCCCUCGCCUUCCUCGUCUUUGUAUUCGUCCGACCCUUCCGUACACUCGCCCUUGUCUCCCAUGGACAGCUCGCCGACAACCUCAUCCCUCUCCUUCCAUUCCCCGCCCUCAUAUCAGGAAACCGACAUCGACAUCGACACUCCACAGCUCCAACAGGAGCAGCAACAGCAAGUCCAGCCUCUGCUUCAGCUUCAGAAUGUUUCCUUAUAUCCAACUCUGCUGCCUUCAACUUCUUUUUCAUUCAGACAAAUCUCACCCGAUAUGCCCCCGAGCAUGCCAGCCCAAUCCACCACAGCAGACCCAACAGGUCCUGAAGACCAGUUCCUCAGUCUUGCCCACACCGCCACCGCUGCCGCCAGUGCGGCCUCCUCCACCCAAAUGUCCUUUUGGAUGCAGCGCUUCCAACAGCUGCAGCAGCUUGAGCAGAUGCACUACCAACAACAGCAACAGCUUCUCGCAUCACCCCUCUUCGCUGCAGACAGCCCGUUCAACCUGAGCAGUCUCAACAUAGCAACCUCUGCUGCCGCGGGGCUUCAAAGCAGUAGUGCUUCUGAGCGCUCUGCUUCGCCAUCCUUGCCACCAUCAAAGACAUCUUCCUCGGGGUUGCCCACUGUCAAGCCGGAAAAGGAUGUUAUCUAUCCUUCCCCUCCUAUGAAGGACGACAUGUACAUGGACAGCGACUCAGAUGAUGGUUCGAAUCAGGGCGGUGCCGCUAGCCCCGACCCAUUGAAGCCGAGCCCAAGCGAACUUAAAAAGAUGACCAGCAAGGAGCGCCGUCAAUUGCGCAACAAGCUGUCUGCUCGCAAUUUCCGCGUUCGCAGAAAAGAAUACAUCAGCUCACUAGAGAACCAGGUCAAGGAGGCACGCAAGGAGGCCACUGAAUUGCAAAAGAAGCUUGCCCAGUCGGAAAUGAACUACCAAAUCCUGCGACAGGAGCUUGAAACUGCUCGCCUUUCGCAGACGUUAUUCAACGAUGGUCGCAACAUGUCCAGAGAACACGCCAACCUUUUGGCCAGUCUAUUGAAUCCCAACACCGAGUCCUUCCCCACGACCUCGUCCUCAGACUCUAUUCUUUCAACGGCACAACAACAACAGCAGCAGAAAGAGCUCAUGGACAGCAUCCACCACAACAACAUGACCAUCCUUAACAACCCGCUGACUGUUACUCAACCUCAAGCGUCAUCUGCGUUACCUGAAUCAACCCUGAGUACCUCUCAAGGUUCGCUCCAGCCCUUCGUGGCCUUUGACGGCAACUGGGAGCUUAUUGUUAACCGGGCCGAGAUGAUUGUGGACCCGGCACUCGACCCCAAGGAUGAGCAGUCCAAGGCAGCGGUCUACGAGGACCUCUUGGCACGUUACGAAGCCGCGAAGUACGAGUCUGAGGUGGACGAGCAGAUGCGUACUGAACUUCAGGCCUAUCAUGAACAAAAAUUAGCGCAGACCUACAUUGUUAUGCCCAAGGACGAGGUCGCACUUCUGGCAGCCAGCAAGGCUGGUCAGGACACUUUACUUCUCCAGACCAUGGUAUACAUGAUGAUGAUCCAGCUGACUCGGUCGCUAUUUGAGGCCGCGACGCUCUCCAAGGCUCAGUUGGUCAACAUGUACCAGAACGUAGACCCAUCCCUGCGAUCCAAAAUGGGACAAGAACAACAGGAACGGCGCGCAUGCAAGUUUGCAGAGUGGCGCGAGGCGUGGAUAUGCAAAUACUGGCCCUCGUUCUACAACAACCGUCAACGUGUCUGUGAGCUGUUGAAGAACGGACUCUGCCCCGCAGCGAAUUCGCCCGUAGAGGUGGAUGUGGACGAGGCUGUGCGCCAGAUGGAGGAGGGCGUCAAGGACAAGACGGUGGAACCCCAGAUGACUCCCUUCUGCGUGUGGUUGCGUUCAUGCAUCGCCUCAUGGCUGCGAUGCCCUGAGCAGGUUGCCAAAGAAGAACGCGAGGCACUCUUGCGCGAGUCUAGAAAGUCCUUGGAGGUGAUUGAUUGA